AUGAUCAAACCGAAAAAUGAUAAAUUAGCAUCUCUGUUGCAUUAUAAAGGUUUCAGGUUUGAGAAUUUCAGACCUUACAAGAAAGAAGAAGAAAUUCUCAAUUUAUAUUCAAUUGAGUCCCCAUUAUAUUAUAUCGCAUGGGAUAAAGUUGAUGAUCUCAAAAGAAAAUUCCCAAAUCUCGACAUCAAUAAAAAUAUAGAUGAAUUCACUCCACUUGAUUGCGCUCUUAAUUAUGGAUCAGAAUUAUGUUUCAAUUACUUGAAAAAUUUAGGAGCUGAAUACACAAAUAACUCAGAAAAAUAUGCUGUUCAAGGUGGAAACGAAAGCAUUUUUAUGCAUAUGAUAGAAGAAGGUAAAUCAUUUGAUAAAAUGAUUAAUAUAGCAUUGAGGUAUCGACACAAUGAAAUUGCUGAGUACCUCCAAUCAAAUUUUGGACAAACUCCUGAUUCAAUAGCACAAAGCAUGUAUUUUGGAAAUUAUGAUGUUGCAUCUUAUUUACUCUCUAAUGGAGCAAAUAUCAACGAUAUUUAUAUUCUCUUUCUUUUCACAAUUAUCGUUGUUUUAUGA